GCAAGAGUGUUCGCGGCGUAGGUCCGGCGCCAUCGGGGGUGGGGGAAAGGGCUACUGAGCGUGGAUACUGAAGGCUUGAAUGCAGAGGGCUUUGGAAUCAUUUGCUAGGAGUCUUAUCUCCUGUACUCCCAGGCCAUAAUGGCAGCCCGCCUAGUGAAACAAUGCACAUACCUCCUGAGAGAAGCCACUCGCUUAUCCCCUGCUAUGGCUCCAGUUAGUCGACUGAGACUUGCCAGGACAGCCCAUAAGACUUUGACCUUCUCAGCCAUCUCACACAGUUCCCACUCUCCAGGUUCCUUGACAGAGUUGGUAGAAAAGGAUCAAGUGUUUACUCCUUACCCAGAGCGCCAAGAGAUAGACCGGCUCAUCGAGAAGGCCACCAGUCCACAGGAGCUCUUAGAGCUGGUUGGUGGUGAUCAGAGCCUGCACCACAAUCAUGCGGCCCUCAUACUUAUCCGCCUUUCUCAUCUGCUAUCCGAGAAGCCAGAAGACAAGGCCUUGCUCAUACAGGAUAUUCGUUUUCAGCAACUUCUUCAUCUAGUCAGUAGUCAGAUAGCCACAGUCUGGCAUGGGACUCUUGUGAAGCUGCUGCGGAGCUUAUACAUUUUGGCACUCCCCGGGACCUCUAAGGAACUGCAGUCAGUGGAGCAAGAGGUGCGCUGGCGCCUGCGGAGGCUCAAAUACAAGCACCUGGUCUUCCUGGCUGAGUCAUGCGCUGCCUCCAUGCAAGAGCAGCAUUCCAAAGAGCUGCUGGCUGAGUUGCUGGUGCACCUAGAGAGGCGCUGGACAGAGAUUGAAGAUGGCCGCACAGUUGUGGCCAUCAUGAUGAAGGCAGGGCACCUUUCAGAGUCAUUGAUGAACCGCCUGGAAGACAAGUGCCUGGAGCUGGUGGAGCAGUUUGGCCCUGACGAGUUGCGGAAGGUGCUAAUGACGCUGGCAGCUCAGAGCCGGCGGUCGGUGCCCUUGCUGCGGGCCAUCUCCUACCACUUGGUACAGAAGCCCCUCCCGCUGACGAAAGGCAUGCUUCUGGACCUGGCUUAUGCCUACGGCAAACUCAGCUUCCACCAGACACAAGUGUCCCAGCGCCUGGCUGCUGACCUCCUGUCACUCAUGCCCAACCUGACAUCUGGUGAGGUAGCCCGCUGCACCAAGUCCUUCGCCUUCCUCAAGUGGCUCAACCUGCCCCUGUUUGAAGCCUUUGCCCAGCACAUCUUGGACAGAGCCCAGAAUGUUACCCUGCCUCACCUGUGCAGCAUGCUUCUGGCUUUUGCCCGUUUGAACUUCCACCCAGAAAAAGAAGAUCAAUUCUUCAACCUGGUACAUGAGAGGCUAGAAUCUGCACUUGCAAGCCUGGAGCCAACCCUACAGGUGAACCUAGUGUGGGCACUCUGUGUGCUGCAGCAGGUGCAGGAGGUGGAGCUACAAGCUGUUCUCAAUCCUGGAUUUCACACAAGAUUUCUAGAGGGCAAGUGUCUAAAGGACAAGAGCACCCUCCAGAAGCUGCUCCACAUCAAUGCCACCGCCCUGCUGGAGCACCCCGAUUACAAGGGCCCCCUCCUGCCAGCUUCAGCCUUGGCCUCCAAGCCUUCUGCCCCUGACAAGAAGAUGACCCCCUUACAAAAGGAACUACAGGAAACACUGAAGGUGCUGCUGGGAAGCUCUGAGCGGGGCUGCCUUGAGGUGGCCACUCGAUACGGCUGGGUGCUGGAUGCUGAGGUACUAUUGGAUGCUGAUGGCCAGUUUCUGCCCCUGAGGGACUUUGUUGCACCUCACCUUGCCCAGCCAGUUGGGAGCCAGCCACUGCCACUGGGGGCUAAAAGGGUUGCUUUCCUGCGCUGGGAAUUUCCCAACUUCAAUAGCCGAAGCAAGGAUUUGCUGGGCCGCUUUGUCCUGGCUCGCCGCCACAUGCUGGCUGCAGGCUUCCUGUUGGUGGAUGUCCCAUACUAUGAAUGGGUGGAACUCAAGUCUGAAUGGCAGAAAGGUGCCUACCUCAAGGACAAGAUGCGCAAAGCAGUAGCAGAGGAACUGGCUAAGUGACCUGUCCCCAUCAGUCUGGACACUACAUGCACACAGGCUGACUGCCCAGAGGCCCAGCAGUGAAUGCUGGGUAGGCAAGAACUGGCACCGUUGAGGAUGAACUGUCUCAGUGUAUGACUUUUGGGGAGUGGCCUGUAGCUCCCAGGAAUCUCAUGGCUAAUAAAUUUUAAAUUUGGUGUUCAGAA